AUGUUGCCAGGAGACACUCAGGCCGAACCAACUGUGUCCGCUUUUUCGUUUCUGCCAUCUCUCCCCUCGUCAUCCCCUUCGCGGCUGUUGUUUUCUUUUCGCUCUCCGGCGUCGCCGUUUUCUGCGCGCCCGCCUCUCGCCGCGGGGUUUCCUUUCUCGCGCGUAUCUGCGGCCGCUCCUCGCGGGAGUUCUCCUCUGCCUUCCUCUCCUUCGCGCGGCGAGCUCGCGUUUCCCGAACUUGGCGCGAAGCGAGAGGCGGAAGGCGAGGCGCGAGGCACUGGCGAAGUCGACUGGAGCGCCUACCGCCUCGUGACCUGUCCCCUGUUUUACAGUAACGCGCGCAUGCAUCUGGGCCACGCUUACUCCUGCGUCCUCGGCGACGCGCUGGUGCGCGAACGCACAGACGACGGGGACCGGCCGCGAGGCGAGGGCGGCGAACAGUUCGUCGCGGAAGACGAGAGGCGAUGCGGACUCCGCGACCCCGAAGAGGCCUGCGCGCUGCUGACGGGGGCGGAUGAGCACGGCGGCAAAGUCGUCCGCGCAGCAGCAGACGCAUGGCGGGUGCACGCAGAAGGAAGGGCGAGUGAUGUCUCUGCAGAGGAGAGUGGGAAAAGCCUUGAAAACAGAAGCUGCAUUGAGCGGUAUCCCCCCUUGUUGCUUCCCUCUCCGCCUGCGUCGCCUUGUGCGUCUCACUGUACUUCUCUGCACCCUUCUUCGCCCCUGGAGCCCUCGACCGACUCAUUUUCCGCUGCCGCGCCGCCUUCAGACUCCGCUCCUUCCUCUUCCACGUCUCCUCGUCCUUCGCCGGCUGCUUCGGCGUCGCUGCCCGCCUUCUCUCGGCAGGCAGUGGAAACGUUCGUCGCCUCGAUUGCUGCCUACAACUGCCACAUGCUGCGGCGCCUCGGCGUCCUGCGGGGCUCCCAGCGCGGCCUGAUCUUCUUCCGCACCAGUGUCGCGGCGUCUCGCGCUCCCGCAUCCAGCGGACACAACCCAGAGGAGGCAGGCCGAGCAGCGGAGAAGGAUCGACAGCGGCGCCACGAGGGCGCUGCAGAUGAAGAGACAACUCCGCGAGAAGGGACGCCGACGGCGGAAGAAGAGGAAGAAGCGUCGCGCGGAGAGAAGCCGCGAACAGACGCCCGACGCGGCGAACACGCGGAAACGCCACACACAGAGCAGACACAGAGAGGGAAAGGAGACAGAAACGUAGAGGGAGGUUGGAGGGAGGAGGCACGCGGAGGCGGCCUCGCGGGACUGAAUAGCUCCCUCGGCCGAGGGAGCCUCUUAGCGAACGCCGCGAGAGACGUGCCUCGCAGUCAGCAUGAAGCGGCCGUCUGGGCCGUCUGGCGAAUACUUGAGGACAGGGGACUGAUCUACAAGAGCUCGGGCUCGUCUCCGGCUGCGGCCUGUCCUCCGGCGGGGUUGUCUCCUUUCUCUGCGCGGCGCGGCGCCGCGCGCUUCGCCGGCGAGGAGGAAGAGGAACGGGCUUGGGGUGUGAACGCCUCCAGCCGUGCCGCCGCGCACUCGGCGGCGUCCCCUGUGCCGUCGCUCGCUGCGUCGCCUUCUCCCUGGUGGGAAAUGGGCGCCCCAGAGGCCGCGCCGCGUCGCGAAGAUUCUGCGGAAGGACGGAGGCGCAGCGAUGAGAGGCAGGCAGCAAGCGACGACCCCGAGGGGGGCUGCAGUCCAAGCCAAGAGGAGUUCUACUACUUCCGCCUGACGCACUUCAGGGACGCACUCCUCGACCUGUACGCGUCCCGCGAUGUUUUUUCGAUCUCGCCGCCGAGUCGCCUAGAGGAGAUCAAGGCGUUCGUCGAGGGAGGCGGCUUGCGCGACCUGGCGAUUUCGCGUCCGGCCUCUGCGUACGCGGUAUCUGCACUGAGUCCUUCCGCUCUGUCUCCUCGCUCGGAGUUGUUGCUGCAUCAGGCUGCUUCGGUGCCUCAGGCCGCGUCUCCGCUCUCUCUGGGCUCGAGACAGGACGACGUCUGGGGCCUGCGCGUCCCGCCGCGAAGUUUCAACGCGUUUCCUUCGGCGCCUGCGUCUCCGGCCUCCGCGGUGCAGUCUUUGUCUCCGCCGCUGUCUUCUGCUUCGCGUGCUUCAGCAGUCUCGGCGCCCGCUUACGCUAGCCGCGCGGCGCAGCAUGUCGUCUACGUAUGGUUUGACGCGCUCGUUGCGUAUCUGGCGGCCGCAGGCUUUCCCGACAUGCACUCGCCUCGCUUCCAACGCCUCUGGCCCCCCUCCGUGCAGGUCAUUGGCAAAGACAUUCUACGCUUCCACGCGGCGCUGUUCCCCGCGCUGCUCCUCGGCGCACGCCUGCCGCUGCCGCGGCGCCUCCUCGUCCACGGCUGGUGGACAGACAGAAACAACAAAAAACUUUCAAAGAGCGCCGCGGAGAGGGCUGAGGAAGUGCAGACGGCCGCCUCGCCCGGGAGCGCGAACGCGUCGAGUCGCUCGCCGAAGAAUCCCGGCCGAAUCCACGGACCGGAAAGCGACCCGGGAGCGAAGGGCGCGCCGGAGACAGGCAGCGAACGUGCGCGCUCCGAGGAUCCUCGUGAGAAGGCAGGCCGCAACGCCCCCCGUGCCUCAGGAGAAGAGACGCCGAGACGCGGAGGAGCGGAGGCUCCACGCGGCGGCUUCUCAUCGGCGGACCCCACAGAAGGAGACAGCGCGGCCGCGCCGCUGCAGGCCCCAGGGCUUCCUCUGGGCGAGAACAACCUCAGUCAGGCCUUGCGGCUCCUCCUCAACAAGUUUGGGGCGGACGCGGUUCGUUUUUUUUUGUUGCAUGGGAAGAGCCCCGAGAAGGACAUGGAGCUCGUCUCGGCGGCGCCCGCGUCGCCCAGCGCGCCCUCCGUCCCCGCUCCGGUGCCGCGUCUUGUCUCGAUCGAGGAGGUCUACGUCACGCUGCAGCGCAGCGUUGGCAACCUCCUUUUCCGCUUCGUGUCGCUCCUCUGGAAGUACGAAGACGCCCGCGGGCAGCGAGGCACGCUGCCGGCGCGCCCGCUGUGGAUCGCCGCGGCGCUUCGCGAACGGCGACACAGGAGACAAGGAAGCGAGGCGCGUGAGAGAGCAGACAGCGAGACGGAAAAGGGCGCGGCUCAGGGGGACGACUGGGGCCGGCGUGAGAGAGGAAAGGCGCGAGAGAGAGGCGGCGACCGCGACUCCGAAGGCGCCGCCGGUCGAACAGGGCACAGGAGUGGCGACAGCGCGUGCAGAGAGAAGCGAGCGAGUGCGAAAGCGCAAGUGUGGGGGGCGACAGGAUUAGCGACGCAAAGCGAGCUGGGGAGAGAGGGCGAGGGCGGAGGCAGCUCUGCGGCGAAGGACGUGGAGAGCUCUCCCUCUUCCGGCUCGGGAGAUGGGGACUGUGGAGUCGGAGGCGUUUCUGAGGAAAUCCGAGAGGCAUGCGUGGCAUUUCUGGGGGAGAUCCUCGACUUUGAGGAACCCGCAGACCUCUGCAUGCACACGCAGCAGUUCCACAGCUACACGCGUGGACUGCUGCAGCUCGCCAGGGUGGCAAACAUCUUCAUCGAACGCAUGGCCCCCUGGCGUUUGCUGCCUGCUUCCGCCGCCUCCCGCGCCGCCGUGGAGGCGAUUUUGUUCGUUGUCGCCGAGUUUCUGCGUCGACUCGCCCUUUUUCUGGCGCCCGUGGCGCCCGGCCUCGGUCACGAAAUCUUUGAGCAGCUGCGCGUUCCCCUCUCGCUGCGCACUCUGGCGGAAAGACGCGCGAAGAAAGAAAGCAGACAAGGCGGCCAAGACGACGAAGAGGUGGCGCCGACAGAGGACGCGGAGCUACUCCUCGCGGGCGGAUGGCCGGUGGCGACGCCGAAAGAGAUCCUGCCGCAGCUCCGGUGA